AUGCUGCACAGAGGCCUCUGCGACUGUAAGCAAGCAUUUGGCAACCGGAAAACUCAAGUGGUUCUCCAGGCUCUCAGUGUUGGAGGCUUGGGGCAACCCUUCUUGAAUCCACGUGUCACCAUUGCGCUUGGACUUUGCAUUGCCGGUGUUGUCCUCACAUUUGGACUUUGCAUUGUCGGUGUCUCCUCGAUUUUGGACUUUGCAUUGUCGGUGUCGGCUGUGGGUUUACCCCAUGUCUUCUCCAAUUUGUGUUUGGACUUUGCAUUGUCAGUGUUAACUGUGCUGGCCAUACCACCCUACCAUAGGAUGCCAACGACUGAGCGCGCACCUGGGAGAAGGCUGAGCAGCUCAAUUGCAGAUUACCCCCAUGUGAUCUUGGAGCGGAUGACACUUACUAAGAGAAUGGAUUCACCAGACACUAUCACAUCAAGAUACACAAUAAUGAUACAUUUCCCACCUGGAAUGAGCACCAGGGGCGUAUUUCCCUGGGAUACUGACUCUUCCAGCCGUUUCGGAGAUACCACCGACUUCGAAACAUUUUCCUUCGACCAAUCCUUGCACAACGACGAAGAUACUGCCGAGUCCGGGACAUUCUCAAUUGUUCCACAUCUACUUUCUCUGGAUGAUGAAUCACACACCCCUGCAAGCAACAUCCCGCGUUUACCUUCUCCGGAUGACGACUCUAACUCUCACAACUCACUGGAGGCUCGCCUUAAUGACAAAGGCGAUAAUUCAUGCUGGUCAGAUGCAAUCCUGGCCAGCAGUUAUACCCACACGAGCCUGUUGAACUUCCACACUCACUACAAGAAAUUGCGAGCACCUCAACUCAUGAACGCGCUUGUUCAUGCCAAGGCAAAGGAACUUAAUGCAGACCUACCAACCGGAAGCAAGUACACCAUGAAGGAAGUCCGCAAACUUGUCGAAGAAGACCCAACGUUGCACCCACAUGCAUUGUCAUGCGAGGAGAAAAGUCUUUAUAGCUGA